CCUCACCGCUGGUAUAGAAUUUUUAUAUCGGUUCUUCCAACGAAAUUCUUCUCCUUUGUUUUUUAUCUCUCCCUCUAGUUCUCUGUCGCUCUUUUUCUCGUUGAACUUCGCUUUCUCUUUCUCUACUCUAUAUUCCAAAAUUGUCAGAAUUGUGGACAUGGCAAUUAAAUUAAGCUUAAUACUUUAGACAACUCGGAUAAAGAAACAAUUUCCACUUUCCAAUUGUCUGUGCUUCACAAGACGCGGUUGACCAUGCAAUUUCUGCCAAAAAAAACUCGAGUUGCGUUUGGGCUGCAAUACCGAGUUGAGUUAUUUUACUUUGGUGGUAUGCCUGUGGAGCGGACGGACGGGCGGGCCGGUCGGACAUACGGUCACGCGACUACAAGUAUCUACCAACAUUUCUUGGAUGCAGAGCUCCGCUAUUUUUAUUAGUGUGUUCUUUCAUUGUGAGUUAGCCUGAGACCAGGCUCUGCUGUGGGGAAAAAUAGCAAAAACGGAGUAAAACGUUCGGCUCCCUUUCCUCACCGAUUGUCUUUUUUUUUUUUUCACCUUUUGCCCCGAGUACGGACCUGGGUCCCAGGCUACUAGUGAGUCCAUUAUGCUGCUGUGUUGUUCGAUUUUCUCUCUUAUGACUUACCAACCUGCCUGAUCCCUUACCUAUAAAUCAAAGAAAUCUGUUUUAGCGCUAAAACUGAGGCUGGUUCUGUGAGUAAAAUACUGUCGGUUACUAUUUUUCAUAUUGCUGAUUUGGACCCGCGGACUAAAAUGCGUCGGUCUCAGAGUGGGCUGCCAGAGGCAUUUGAUGGGGCUAUAAUGUUUUGUUUUGUGCUCACGUGGCGCCAGGCUGAAUCAGCCUUUUCCCUGCACUAAAUUGGGCUAAAUUGGCACUUUGGGACUAAAACAGAUCUCUCUAAAUUAUAGCGUUGUGACGGAAUUCGAGCGUUAGUAUAUACGCAGAAAAAAAUGGGAGUGUAAACAGCAGUCUAAUAUGAAAAUCAACCCUGAUAAUUAUGUUUGUACGGGUUAGGGUUAAUGGAUUUACGGGUGUGUUCAAAUUAUUUCUCAUAUUGCAUAAUUUCGCAAGUAAAAAACACAGAUAUUCUCAUGAUUCUUGAUCAUGAGUUGGAUCUAAAGGUUUUCUCGCUAACACAGACUGUUUUUUUCACAGCUAUCAGAGGCGUAUGUCCUCUUGUGGCAGAACAGCUCAACAGGUGAUGUCAAUGGACGCCAGGGAUCAAAGAAUAAAAUAGGCGGGUCCGUGUGUGCUGUUCUUCUGGAUUUAAUCGCCAUGGGAAAAAUAAAGAUCGAGUUUGAAGAGAAGCAAUUUCUAUUCGUGAAAUAUACUGACAUCUGGGUUAAGGUUAGCUGGAUAGGGUAUAUACUCUUGCUUAACUCUGGAAUUAUUCUUGUAUUAUUAGGAAGGGAAUUCAAUUUCAGUUUACCAUUGUUAAGACUGAGGGAAUAAAAUCAAAAGCUUGAGUUGUUCACUUUAGAUACCGUAAAACAAGAUAUCUAAGUCUCGAUUUAGAGAACCACGGUUUUCGAGUUUCGAUUUCCGAAAACCACGAGUUUUGUCCAUCGGCUAGGACAGGUUCUACCGUUUUAAGAGUAAAUUUCAGUUUCAUGCAUAUUCGAGGUUCUUUUGUUCACUUAAGCUUAAAAUUUUUAAAAUUGUCAAUGAUCUAUCUAAGUGAUGAACAGAACUGUUGUUUAAAAAACGUAGGUUAUUGACGCAGCACCAACCGGAACAUUCCUUGACAGAGCACUGUUUGCUAAAAUUGCAGCAAAGCAUAAAGAGGGCUACAAACGAAAGCUGGUGGACUGGAUCCGAGAUUGCAUCACUACUUGGAACUGUGAGAAUAAUGUAGCUUCCGUUUGUCUUGACAGCCUAGUGCAUGAUGGAAUUCUUGGAAAGGAGCGAAAAUUGGCGGGAAUGUACACAGAUUAUCCAUUGAAAAAUGCAGGUAACGAAAGGAAACCUGAAUUUUACAUGCCUCGAGAACGCCUUGUUUGAGUUAAUAUUAAGAACAAAAAUAUGUAGACAUGGCUGGGACACCACUACCCUGCAAGCAGUGGUUUCUCUAUGAAGGACCGGAAAGAGACCACUGCGAGCGACUGUUUGCUUCUUUGAUCGAGCCGCCCUCCAGCGCCACGGACGAAUAUAUUAAACACGUCAAGGCUCUCGCGCAUUUGCUUACGCUUAUGACUGCUGCCUCAACGCAAGCCUGCUGAGAAUUUGCCUUCUUUCGCUUGUUUACAUUCUCCGUAGAACGCAAAAUUACGCAUUUUUACGUCGUAGUUGUGCAAAAACGGCAAAGAAAUGUACAAAAAAGGGUGAAUGAUGUGCAAAGUUGUUGUUUUGCUUAUUAACCCUAUUGAGACAAAGGACCUUCCUCGCCAAAAAGUAGAAAAACUUCAAGACCGUUCAAGCUAAGACCACCUAACUUAGCGACUAAAAUUUAUCUGGGAACAUUUUAAAGUCGUCGUGACGUGUAUGUCAACGUACACGUUACCAUGGCAACUUCUAAACAUAAGGUUUUAUUAUCUGUUAAUGAAAUCCACGCUUUUAGUGGCUUGUAGCUAGUUUGAGAAAAAAACAUGAGUUUAAUAUUCCGAGUUUAAUUUUCCGCCGAGUUCAUACCACUCGGAAUUUCAUAUUUUGCAGAUUUUUUGCUUCCUACGGAUCCUUUCACACUUAGGUCAAGUUUCCCAUUAAGAAUACCUUGAUUUAAUACGGGUUUUAAGUAAAAUGGGAUACAUUCAACUAAUUCAAAAUGGCGGAUUCAAGAUGUCAAAUGCUUCCAGUUCUUUAUUUAGUAAUAAAUGAUAUCAUCAUGACAUUACUGCUAUUGUUUAAGAUUAUCUUUGUGUUAGCAAACUUCUUGAAAUUAUCAAAAACCCUACGAUUUAAGUAUUUUCGUUUUAUAUCUUCUUUGAGAGAAAUUUGGAUUCUGCCAAUCAAUUCAGCAAUAUGACGUCAUAAUGACGUCAUGCCCAGAAGUUGGUGAUGAUGAGAAAAUAAUUCUGUGUGGUUUUGGUGGUCGUAGCAUGAGCGUUUUUGAAGUUAUAGAGGGGAGAUCUCUUAGGCCUCCCUGCGGUCGGUUACCUUCGAGUAUGGAUCUUAAAGUCCCUAAUAUGUUUCCUGCGAAACAAGAGAAGGUGUAGUCAUUUGACGUUUUAAAGAAGGCGUCAAGUGGACGCGCAAGCUUGAUGGAAAAGUAAACAGUCGCUAACAGUGACUUCUAGAUCUCCCCUCACAGCGUAGUGUCCGGCCUGGAGAAACCACUGCUCGCAAGGUAGGAUACCGCCUGUGAAAGCUAGUAUUUAAGAACCUUGUGAAUCAAAGGAAUAAGGAAAAUCUAGAUUAUGGCAAUAACAAAAUAUAGUCAGUAGCGGGAUGGAAUGACGAGCAUUGAAAGAGCUAAAAAGAGGGCUGUGACAACUGACAUUUUAGGGCAGGUGGGGUAACCCGUUUAGGUGCGGUAACCUGCCUGUACAUAUAGACUCUCGCUUUAAAUUGAUUACGUUUACAAGAAAGGUGGGGUGACCCGCCAAGGGGGGUAGCCCGGUCUGCUAGACCGGGUAACCCUCUCAGCCGGGAUCAAAUUUUGCCAAAAAUAAUAGUAACAACAGAAUCCGAAAUGAAAGCGGCAGCACUAAAGAUUGCAGCAAAAGCUGCAAGUGAGUGUAGAAGAGCAUUAAUCGCCAAAACACGUGGCUUCCCAGCAUUUUUCUUGUUUAUGAGCUCACCGAUCAUUCAAUAAUCUUGAGAAUGUGCACCCCGGGAUGGCGGGUUGUAAUAUUGCACGUAAACGAGGGUUAUUUUUAUACCCCACCUGAGCAGGUUACCUCACCUAACUGGGGUCUCCCACCUCCAUGUAAACAGGCCCUUAGUGAGUUUAAUUUGCAGUUUGCCAAUUUUCAUGUAUUGGGGCGGAAACCAUUUCUUGCUCUUGGUGCAGAUUGGGGUUCUAGAGUCUUGCGUUAAUAAUUAAGAGUCAAAAUACAAGCAAAAAGAUGUUCGAGAAUAAAAUAGUGCUGACUCAGUUCCAAGUAAUUCAGCUCUGCCAUUAAUACUCGAACUGCUCGGGUCGAUUGCUCUAAUCGAUGUUAGGGCCUGUUUACAUGGAGGUGGGGGACCCCAGAUAGGUCAGCUAACAUGUGGCGGGUCACCUCACCUAUCAUGUAAACGUGAUUAAAUUAAUAUGAAAGAUUAUAUGGACAGGCAUGUUACCCCACCUAAGAGGGUUACCUCGCCUACCAGGGGUCCCCCACCUCCAUGUAAACAGGUCCUUAUUCUGAUACAUGCUAAUAAGCAAGUUAGAUGAAAUUUGUUGCCAUCACGGGGGAUCUUUGUCAAACAAUAGAAUUUUGACAGUGGAGUUAAUUCUUGCCGUAGUUUUUUAUCAGUCAUGUUCAAUGUCGGCAUGAACACGAGUGAGUGAAAAAAUACUUUUUUUAAUUACAACUCGUUCGACUGGACAAGUUGUGUCCAUUCGACAGCCCAGACAGAGGUCGGUCGACUGGAAAAAUACAUUUCCCUCAUUACAUUUCCUUAAGUUGCCACAGAAACCAUAAUCGGGGUAGGAGACCGCAAGCGCGGGGUCCACGCAGUCCCAUCGAAAUACUCAAAUGUGCCAUUUUUAGAACAAAUUGCGCCACUCUCAACGACAUUAACUCGCUGGGGACCCGUCAUCCUCGGAGAACCAGGGGCAGUCAGUCGGACCGGGAGAAAAGGGGUCUCCGAGGGUGGGGUUUCAGGAGAUGGGCGAUCGCCUUGCAACUUUACUUGAGUGUUCUGUAAACUUUCCAUGUGCUUCAUAUCUCAUAUGUAUCUACCAUAUCUAUCAUAUGUAUCAUCCGUAUUUUUGACACAUCAAUCGAAACCCAAAGUCAAGAUGGUAUUUUUGAUAUAGACAUCUAUAAACGUGGCAGUUAAAUUUCUGUAAAGAAAAAUCCACAACAGCUUAGCUCCGCUUCAAUGCGUUGUUCAUUUGUGUGAAAGGAAAACGGUUCAACGCUCUCCUAGCAGCUCAUUUGGGCUAUAUGAUAUAAGUAUUUCCUUCGUUAUUGCUUAAAUUUUUCGUGAUCCGGAAAACUAACAAGAAACGGAAAUAUCUAAGAUAGAAAUACGUGCACGAUAUAUCACUUGGUGUAUCUUAUGCAUGGCAUCUUACUCAGAAUCAUACAGAGAAAUGCGAUGACUCUGUUGUUGUUUGUAGGCCUGUUGCUUUUUUUCAGUGCCAAAACAUCUUCAUCAACUAAUUGCAUUUGCCAUUAUUUGUCGCUGUUGGUGCUAACUUUCUGUCCCCCUUUUCCUGAAUCUUUUUUUUGGCCACACGGGAUAUUCCUUUUGGACGACAUCUCCGACAUCUCUUCGUCAACUCGAUUGUCAAAAGCAUUGUUUACAAAAUGGACUUUAAGAUCCAACGACACGACGGCAACGAGAACGUCGCUUAAAAAGUGAAUUUGCGUUCCUUCAGUCUUAAUAGCGAUUAUUCCUACCCACUUACUUUGUCAAAUGUAGGGGAACCCUCCGGAAGCUGAAUUUCAAGGGAUCAUAGCCAAGCUCAGAAAGAGAAAUAAAAUUUCGUCGUUGCUUGUUUACGUCCUUCAUAAAACUCAAAAUUAGGCAUUUUCACGUCGUAGUCUUGCAAAAAUAGAAAAGAAAUGUACAAAAAAGCGUGAUGCACGUGCGAAGUUGUUGUUUUGCUUAUUAAACAAAUUGGUUUUCUGACGUUCUCGUUGCCGUCCGCGUCUUUGGAUCUUAAAGUCCGUAACAACUGGAAUCAUUUUCAUAGCCAUUCACAUUCAUAGUCAUUGUAAAAGAGGUUCUCCUCAAGGGCUUGUCUAAAAUCCGAAAGGGACAAUGAUGACAAAAAGGGAAUUAAUUUAUGUCCUGCGAAGGUAAUCUCCGACGCCAUUUUGUCUGUGUAUUCUUUGCGCCGCGUUUUCGCAAAAAUUGCGCACGUAUAUCUUACGAGUUGGCGCAAUUUGUACUAAAAAUAGCACAUUUGACUAUUUUGAUGGAACCAACCCCAUUAUUGAAAAAGGCAUCCAGUUACGGUCUCCUACUCCUGUUGUAGUUCCUGGUUGCCAGAAUCUAAUGUGGUUUGAUUUUAGCCAUUGUUAACCCCUUUGAGGUACAAUAAAGUGGUUGGCAAGGGGGACCUUACAAAAACUCGAGGUCUAAGGGCUCAAUCGGUAUCCUUAUCAUCGCCUUGUUAUCCCCUUGAACCAAGAGAGGAUAAAGGGUAUCCUCUCUUGCCUUGAACAUAAAUCUCUACCUUGAUCAACCCAGCCACCUUCCAACCACACCCCGGCCUACACCUGCCGUUCUACUCCAACGCCCAGUCGUUUUUCAUGUUACCACUCGGCUUUACCAACAAGCUACAGUUGAUUUUUUUUCUUUGGUAAUUGUCUCUACUAUAAAGUUUAUUAUCACUGUGUUAUUUCAGCGCCCAAGAGAGAGUUAUCGCGUGAGAUAAGAAAAAUUGCCCUUGAGGGAGCCACGCCAGAUUCUUACAUGAGAACGCUGUUAACAGUUGUCAGAGUUGUGGACAAUUAUUAUUCGCUUGAUGAUCCUUUCCUUGAGCGAUACUUCAAGAAGGAAGAAUAUAAAGAGGCCAAAGCUACGAUUAAACAAGUUGUCAUGUAUAAUGCUUAA